UAAGUCGAAGAAGCCAAGGUCAACUUGAGCCAGACAGAGCUGAAUAUAUCUGUGGAUGCUUAGAAAGUAUGAGAUCUUUCACAACCUUCUAGAUGACAAUAUAACCAAGCCCCAUCCAAAUGGCAAUGAAGCUAUGCCUUCUUUCUUUUUUGUGUGAUAAUUUCUAUUGCCUUCCCUUUUCUUUUAAUGGCAUGUAAACAGGAAACACAAGCAGUGUUGAAGAUUAAGUAAUUAGGCAGCAUUAGAGGCAUUUGGAGCGCAGGGUCACCGAGAAAAAAGGAUGAGGGAAUGAGAGAAGCUGUGGGCUGCCUGUCUACUGGAGAGUUAUAAAAUAUUCUCCUUACUCACAGCUUGGGAGCCGUAGGAGAGAAAGCUUCACACAAACCGUGUGUUCCUUAUUAUCUCCAGUCUGGAAAGAGACAGCAUCCAUGGAGGCACUAAAUCUGCACCUGGAACAUCUCAAAUUUGGUGGAGGAGACGCGAAAGAAGAUCAGAUAAUUGAAUCGCUAAGUGGAAUUCUUCAAGCUCUGACUGAAGAUAAGCACAGAACCUGCAGUCUCCUAACUGAAAGUGAUAUUUUGCGAACAUUAGCAAGGCUCCUCCAAAGUGACCCACUUUGUGCAGUAAAGACAGCCCAGGUGCUGGCAGAGAUAGCUAAAAAUGAGGAAAUGAAGAUCCCCUGUAUAGAUGCUGGUUUGGUACCAGUCUUGAUCCCACUCCUGGACAGCACAGAUCAAGAGAUGUUGCUUCAUGUGGGCAGGGCCAUUGGCCGUAUUUGCUAUGAUAACAAUGAUCUCCAGGAGCAGCUGGUGAGAGCAGAAGUGAUCAACUCCCUGGUUAGGAUAAUGUCAGAAUAUCCAGAUAAUGAACCCCUUGUCCGUGUCAACCUGCUGGCCUUAUCCAAUCUUGCAGAUCUUGAUGCUGCCAAAGAGGACCUUACCAAGACCAGAGUUGCAGAACAUUUGGUACAUCAGCUGCAAACAACAAAUCAUCAUGAGAAGGUUGAAAUCAUCCUUGAGGUUCUACAGACGCUGGCAGAGAAUGAUACCCUGAAACUGCAGUUGGUUGAAGCUGGUAUUCAGGAGGCUGUGGCAGAAAUUUUGAAGAGGCUCCAGGAUAGUUCCAAGCCAGAAGACAUGUGCAGCUUAAAGGCUGCGUCAGAUCUGAUUGUGUCACUGCUACUUGGAGAUGAAUCCAUGCAGCAGCUGUUUGCAGAGGGAAAGGGUGCUAUCUACCAGAACAUUGGCAUAUGGCUGACAUCCAAGCACACACAAUUACAGCUGACAGGAGCUUUGGCCAUUGCUAAUUUUGCCAGGAAUGACAGUAAUUGUGUCCGGAUGGUGCAGCUAGGGGUGGUCCAUCAGCUUCUUGACCUUUUGGAGCACCAUGUCGAAAAUGGAGAUGUGUCUGUUCAACAUGCUGCACUUAGUGCUCUUCGGAACCUGGCUAUACCAGUGGCUAACAAGGUUCAAAUGUUGGACGAAGGGGUUGCUAAGCGGAUCCAGAUGCUUUUGAGAUCAGAUAUGCCCCCUGUUCAGUUUAAACUUCUUGGAACAUUACGAAUGUUGAUGGAUGGUCAAGCUGAUGCAGCAGAGGAACUGGGCCAAGAUCUCAUGCUGCUAAGCCGGCUGGUGCAAUGGUGCGAUUCAAAGGACCAUGCUGGAGUCUGCGGAGAAGCAAACCGGCUGCUGGCUUCGCUCAUACGCCACAGUCGUUCUCAAGAAGUUGUCAAAGCCAUUCAAGAGGCCGGAGCCAUGAAGCACCUAGUUUGCAUGGCAACCAGCGAGCAUGCUAUAAUGCAAAAUGAAGCCCUGAUUGCUUUGGCCAUUGCUUCUGCAAUUGACUUAGAAAUCAUCAAAGAAGAGUUUAAAGAGGCCAGCCUAGUUCAGAACAUACAUAAACUUCUCCAAGAUGAAAGCAUGGGUCCAGAGGUGAAAUAUAAUUCCAUAGGCCUGUUGUGCAGUCUCUUAAAUUCAGGUGACCUAAGACAAGAAGCUGAAGGGGACGAGAUAAAAGAGACCCUCGAGAAACUCUGUGGCCACAUCAAUGAGAAUGUAGCCAAACAGGCUCUAAUGGCUCUUCAUAUACUCAAUGGCGAGCAGAGCUUCUUUGAGCAAUAAAUAUAUGGCGCAGGUCUGCUUAUCCAACACAGCUUUCUGCACAUAAUGCACUCUUCCAAUUGAAGUACUACCUUGGCUAACAAGCUGUGCUUUGGGAUUGAGCCUAGAAAGUAAAUUACUAUAUUUACUCAAUUCUAAUGCUCCCCUUUUUUGACUACCUUCCCAAAAUUAGGGUGUGCAUUAGAUUUGUGUAAUAUGGUAAAUACUUUUUUACAGGGCUUUGAAAAUUGAGGUGUGCAUUAGAUUUGAUGGUGCAUUAGACUUGAGUAAAUACAUUAAAAUUGGAGUUAAGUCUUAAAUAUUAUGAGUACUUUGGUGGUGAUGUUUUGUUUUUAAAUGUUGUUCAAGCAAAUGUAUCAUAGUAUUUGUGUUUGUUGCAAUCCCACCUCCACCGUGUGGCAGUUUCAUUUAAGAGAUGAUAGAUUUCCACUUUGUGUCAUUUUUGAUGUUUUCUUCCAAUAAUUCAUUAAGUUUUGUUUCUAAAUCAUGCAGAUUUUAGCUACAUUAAACUUUAUAUUGAAAUAUAAA